AUGCCGACCGACGAGCUUCUCCUGUGCUCCAUCUGCCUGGAGGUGUUUGACCACCCGGUCACGCUACCGUGCGGACACAACUUCUGCGAACGCUGCAUCACGGAGCACCUGAACGCCAGCCCCCAGCGCAUGUGUCCCCUGUGCAACGAGCGCGUGGGCAGGAAGCACAGGCUCAGGGUCAACAACGUCGUGGCCGACAUGGUCCAUCAGUACCGAGAGUCGGAGGCGUGGAGCGGCGAGGAAAGGAGCCCGGAGCCACGAGAGGCCGAAGAGGUUUCAUCCGACGCUCCCGCUGAGACCACCCAGAACCCCCGGAGACUCCCCAAGCUCGGCCUCUUCUUGACCCUAGGCCUGGUGGGUCUGGGAAUCGUCUUCAACAUCAGCCAGGAGCCUCAUGAGAAGACUCACCAGAUGUUCGACGCCGUCUGUCCGGUACACGGAAAACCUCUGGAGCUCUACUGCGAGGAGGAGCAGAGGCCCAUAUGCCGGACCUGUGCCGAGACCGGUCACAGAUCGCACCACAUCGUCCCACUGAAAGAAGCGUACGAGGGAAAGAAGGAAGAGCUUUGGAGAACAUUGGGUGAAAUUGAUGAGAAAAUCCAGAGGAGACAGCAGAGAAUCCAAGAGGUCAACCACUGGGUUUGGGAGAGCAGGAAAGCUGCAGACCAAAAGCUGGCCGACGUGGGAAAGGUCUUCCUUCCUUUGAUGAAGACUUUGGAAGAAAAACAGGCCGAGGUCACCGGGAAGAUUGAAGCAAAGCACGAAGCGGUCGAGAAGCAGGCCGAAGGUUUCAAAGAAGCGAUCGAGCGGGACAUCUCUGAGCUGAUGGAGAGGUCUGCUGAGGUGAAGCAGCUCUCACGUUUAGAAGACCACCUCCACUUCCUGCAGAGCGUACCAUUCCUGAACAUUGCCCCUCUCGCCGGAGACGACCCGCAGGUCAGCCUGCCUCCAGAGUCCUAUGAAGGACUCUGGAGGACCGCUGUCCAUUCUUCAGUGAAGCAGCUCAUAGAUACAGCCGGACACCAGGUGGAGGAGCUGCAGGAAGCAGAGCAUGGACUCUGGCUGAAGGCGGUGGAUGUGACUCUGGACCCUGAAACAGCGCAUCCUCUUCUUGUUCUGUCGGAUGACGGGAAACAAGUCCACGUAGGUGGGGUUCCAAAAAAUUACAAGACUUUUGUCUUUGGAAAGCAGAGUUUCUCUGGGAGAUUUUACUAUGAUGUUCAGGUCAAAGGAAAGGUCAAGUGGGUGUUAGGAGUGGUCCACGAGUCCGUCAAGAGAGAGAGACGACAACUGCUCUUUGAGAAUGACACCUGGGCUUUACUUCAUGGACAUGGAAAUUACUUUACUUUUACUACCGAGCCUCUCCACCUCCCUGUGAAUAACCAGGUGGGCACAGUGAGGGUGUUGGUGGACUACGAGGAGGGUUUGGUCUCCUUCUACGAUUUAGAUGCUGCAGCUCUCAUCUACUCCUUCACCGGCUGCUCCUUCACAGAGAGGCUCUGUCCCAUCUUCAACCCCAUUGACUCCCACCCGCUGGUCCUCCCCCCUGUGGUCGGAUUGAACUGA